GCGUUCGAAAUCCAUCGAUAUACAGCCGCCCAGUCCGUUCCAGCCUCCCUCCGCCGCCAUAUAACCUGCUUUCGUCGGCCCAAAUUCUUCCAAACUAAGACUACAAUGGCUCGCAAAUUCUUCGUCGGUGGAAACUACAAGAUGAACCCCGCCACCAAGGCGGCGGCGGACAGCCUGGUCAAGUUGCUAAAUGAAGCUCAGGUUAAGGGGGAUGUCGAUAUCGUUGUAGCCCCUCCUGCCAUCUACCUUCUGCCCAUCCGCGAUGCGCUGAAGAAUCAGCACGUUCAAGUAGCCGCCCAGAACUGCUACCUCAAGGAUUCGGGCGCGUUUACCGGAGAGAUCAGUCCAGCGCAGCUCGCAGACGCCGGCAUACCGUACGUUAUCCUCGGUCACUCGGAGCGUCGUACCCUGUUCCACGAGUCCUCCGACUUCAUCGCACAGAAGACACGCGCGGCGCUUGACAAGAAACUAAGCGUCAUCCUCUGCGUGGGCGAGACGCUCGCAGAGAGAGAAGCGGGCAAGACAACCUCAGUCGUCCAGGCCCAGCUCGAGCCCGUAGUCAAGCUCGUGAAGGAGUCGGAGUGGAGCAAAAUUGUCAUUGCCUACGAACCUGUCUGGGCGAUCGGCACCGGCAAAGUCGCCACGUCGCAGCAGGCGCAGGAGACGCACGCCGAGGUGCGCGCGUGGCUCACCAAGUCGAUCAGCAGCAAGGUCGGCGAGGAGACACGGAUCAUUUACGGUGGUAGCGUCACUGGAGCCAGCUCCCGUGAGCUUGCGUCCCAGUCGGACGUGGACGGUUUCCUUGUCGGCGGAGCGUCGUUGAAGCCAGAGUUCGUCGAUAUCUUCAACUCAAAGGCGUAAACAUAAGCGCGCGUUCGGCGGAGUGAAGAACAACAUAGGAAUGACUACAAAUGAAGACUGUACAGUGUAUCAAUAUAUUAUAGAACAUCUCUGAAACUCCGCUGACUUCUCGUUCUCAUUCCCCG